AUGGCGGAUGCUAAAACACAAACCCCGCGCUGCUCUAUCAAGGAAGCCGACAGAAUACUCACAGGACCCGGAAGUUUGCUCGAAAUUGAAACUCGAGUCAUAGACGGGAGGGUCUUGAAAGUCUGGAAGAAUCUCUGGCCAUCCUUGCGGCACCUCUUUUUGUACUCAACCAAGAAGCACACCGACAAAAUCUAUAUAGUAUACGAGAAAGAGCGUCACACAUACCAGGACAUAUUAGAGAAGGCAGUCAAAUGUUCCGCCAUUUUGAGAGAUGUUUAUGGCAUUAAGAAAGGGGAUCGAGUAACCAUCUGCUCCCGAAAUUGUCCUACUUACUUGGUCGUGUUUUGGGCUUGUCAUCUUCUGGGUGCCGUCAUCGCUCUUGUGAACAUGUGGCUGCCAUUGGAGCCGCUCCGACACUGUAUUAUGCUCACAAAGUGCACACUGAUCAUCCUUGACACCGAGCGAGCUGAUAUGGUCGAACCGAUUGGUGCUGAGCUUAGGCUCGCAUGUGGUGCAUCAAGAUAUCUUGUCCUUGAGGAUCACGAGGGAAAAGGCCAUUGGGAAGGUAUGGACGUUUGGAGUAGAGUCUUCUCCGAAUACGAUGGAGAUCCCGGGAAUGUGCUCAGUGACGAUCCUCAAAUCUCACCGGAAGAUGAUGCGGCGAUUACUUUCACAUCGGGGACCACUGGCUUACCAAAGGGUGUUUUGAGCUCGCAACGUGCACUAUUGACUCCCCUAUUCAAUGCGGCUUCGUUGAUAGGGAGAGAUUGUCUUCGACGAGGGGAGUCAUUCCCUCCGACACCUAGCGCAGGUCCUCAGGAAGCUGCAGAACUGUGUAAAACGGAGAAUAUCAUUCGGCUCGUCGGUUCACCUUUAACCAUUAGAGAGCUCGCUGAGAGCGCGAUAUGCAAAACUUCAAUAAAAAGGAUAUCAUAUGGAGGUACUCCCAUUGCACCGUCUCACCUUCAAAGAUGUAGACAAGCAUUUCCUCUCGCUACCGUCUUUCAAACAUAUGGUCUAACCGAGACGAAUACUGGCGCGGUAGGCUUCGGUGGACCGGAUUACAAUGUGAGGCCAGAUAGCUGUGGUUUCGUGCUUCCUGUCAAUGAGAUUCUGAUAAUGAAGGAUGGUGCUAAAGCUGCGCCGGGAGUGGUGGGAGAGAUUUGGCUUCGUGGUCCGAAUGUGAUGAAAGGGUAUUACGGUGACGAAGCUACUACUGAUCAAGUCCUUACUAAAGACGGAUGGCUGAUGACCGGCGAUCUUGGACGGAUAGACGAAGGUGGUUAUGUUUACAUCACAGACAGGAUCAAAGAUAUCAUCAUCAGGGCUAGUUAUAAUAUUGAUUCGGUUUCCGUCGAGAAUGCCCUAUACACCGAACCGGGUGUAUUGGAAGCGGCAGUUGUUGGCGUACCUGACGAAUAUGUGGGGGAAUUGCCUGUAGCAUUGGUGACCCUCAAGUCUGGGUAUGGUGGAUUAGUCGAUGAGGAGAAACUCACGGCGACUGCUGAGAAACUGUUACCCAAAUAUGCUGUUCCAGUGAUGAUUAUUCUGUAUGGUCGUGGAUUUGAUCACACAGCUCUUGGGAAGAUUAUCAAAAAGCCGUUGAGGGUCAUAGCCCAGAGGGAGUGGGAAAAGAGGUCGAGGAAAGAAUAGGCUAACCUUCUGGUUAUGAAAUAUUUAGAGCGGUGCUGUUCGUUCGGCACUUGUGAAUACAUUAUAUGCGGCUUCAAAGUAUGAAUGGUAAACAUCGUCGUACAGUAUAUAGUAUCUUAUAAUGUAACCUAAACAAUCAAAGCUUGCCAAAACUGAUAUGUUAGUAUCAGCUCUUGACUCUCA